CCUAGAGGCAUGCAUACAACGCUUGAACACUGCACGACGACGACGAGAAGGAUCACGACCACGGCCGCUCACCCUACCUCUGUGCGCAGAGAGCGGUAGAGGUCCGGAAAGAGCAUGAACGAGGAGGCAGGAGAGCCAGCGGGGCUGUCGGCCAAGCAGCGGCGAGCCUUGCGACAGCGCCAGGACCCUCAUGGCCUGCACCCUUUUAAGCGCCUCUUCAUUGGACCCUCUCCCGUGCCGUCUUCGUCAGCGGCCGCCGUGGCCGCGGCCAUUGCAGAGGAUGUGGCAAUCACCAAGCCCAAUGCCAUCGCGGUGGCUGGCCAGCAGGGCUCCGUCAUGGUGGCUUCGCAAGAUCGCAGGUCGUCGCACGACUCGAGCAGUACACAGCACCUCGCAAGGGCUCCAGGGCCCGACGGAGCGCCCGAGAGAUCCCAAGAGCCAUCCCGGAAACGGUCUAACAGCUUCCUCCGUCCGCUGUUCCCCUCCUCUUCUCCUUCCCAAGACCGGACGAUCAGCCCUCGUGGCUCAACCGCUCGCCCCGAGCUCGCAUCGCUGACGAUCCCUGGCGGGCCCAGCCCCGAUAAACGUCGCGCCGUGCGGGACAGCUCGGUUGCCAGCAUCGACAAGCGGCCUCGGGCUGUCACGCGUGACGCAUCGAUGGCCAGCUUCGCAAGCGCCAAGUCAAGGCCGUACAGCUCCAUGAGCGAAACAGAGGCAGACGACGGCACCCGGCAGCCAAGGUCGCAUGGGAGGGAUGACGGCACAUUGACAGACAGAGCGACUUCUUCCUCGCCAACAAAGGUCCGCAGCUCUUCUCCGCCCUUUCUGUCUCGUCCGCGCGGCCUGUCGAGCGAUCGGAGGCGCGCGAGCCGCAGCGCUGUCGAGACGGGCCCGAUGAAGGCGGUGCGCAAGAAGCUCUCGUUUGACAUCGCCGCAGAUGCGAAAUCGAGAAGGGGCAGAUCCGAGGGCGACUACCAGCAAAGUGUACAUGAUGGAACGUCGAAGCAGACGUUGGACUUGGACAUGCGCAGUGAUGAAGAGGAAGAAGUGGCUUCGCCAACGUCGCCCAUCUCGCCUUCGAGCAGGCCAAACAAAGGAAAAGCGGCGAUGGCGGCGUCCUCGUCCUCAGGGCUCCGUGGUGCUGCCUCGCAUCCAACAAUCGGUCGCACACAGUCUCGGUCUCAAGACGACGCGAGCAGCAGCUACACUGUCCGUACCGCUCGAGGCGCUGACGGUGGCAUUCCGCGCACUGGCUCCUUUCACUCACAUCGCUCUUCGAGCCUGACUCGGUCGCAAGGAAGAGCCUACGCACGCAACAGCGUCGGCGCAGGCGGUCACAAACACGUUGAGGAACCAGACGACGACGACGAAGAAGAAGAGGUGAACGACGCUGGCGGGGUGCCAGAGGCCAGCCACGACCGUCGGGUUUCGAUCGCUGCGCAGAACAACCUGGGCCACAAAUCCAGGCAAUCGCUCGAUGAGCGGCGAGAGAGGUCUCGGCAGAGGUCGAAGAUGCUCGGGCAGGGUGUUCCUGUUGGCUCGACGGGCGCGCUGCACGGUCGGUCGUCGUCGAGGAUCCACGGCCGCGACAUUUCGAGGCAGAGCCGCAUGAGCAGGGCCAGCACAGCAGGCACGCUCGGCAGCGUCGGCACGCGCUUCACCGAGGGAAGCUUUGGAGCCAGCGGUGGUGUACGAUCCCGAUUCUUCACCUUCUUUGGGAGACGUCGCGAUGGGCCUAGCGAGGCAAAGGCGAGAGACAUUCAGCUAGACAACAUUCGACAUGGAAGGAAGUUGUCGGCCAAGGGCGGUGUCGUCGCUGGUGCCGUUGGAACCAGUGCAGGAGGGACGAAAUGGGUCGGACAGACGUUCGAGGUGGGCAAGAGGUUCUGGGAGGUGAUUGAGAGUCGCGAAGAGCAGCUGGCGGACGAAGAGAGGGCCAAGGGACAUCAUUUCGGCCCCAACGAUGUCGUAACCGAGGAGCAGGAUGAAGAUGAAGACGAGGAAGAAGACGAGGGAGAGGAAGACUAUUUGGCCAGGAUCCAGCAUGGCCGACCUCGCGAUCGACAGAUGACCAAGAGUCCCUCGGACGUGCUCAAUACGUUUGCGCGCCAGGCCAAGCAAGCUUCCAGGACCGACAGUGAGGAAGUCGAUGACAGCGACGGUCACCGGCCUCCGACGCCAGCGCUUGUCCCAAACGAGUCGGAGAGCGACGGCUCAUCGCCCCAGAGACGGACACCCGGUACGCCAGCGCCACCCAACGUGGUCGUGGAGAGGACUUCGGAGGACUCAAAGCGACCGCUCUCGGCAGGCGAAGAACACAAGCGCAAGAGUCUUCACCAUGAAAACUCGGCUGCUUCGCUCCUGACGGUGCCUCACGAGCGUGGACCCGAUCACGAGUCAUCGUUUGACAUUGAGAGCAGGCAAGGAUGGAGCGAUGUCGUGAGCUUUAUGACGGCCAACAGCAGCUUCAAGGGUAGCGACCGAGGACGAAACGACUUUGGCAGCCUAGUGGAGAAGAGCAGAAGGGCUUUUGAUCACGGUCUCGACGGAAUUCGAGCUUCGCGACAUUCAAACAGUCGAAAGAACACCUCCGACAAGAAAGACGGGAAGAUCAGCGACUUGGUAACAAGGGUCAUUCGUGAAGCAAGUGGAAGCAUAUCCGAAGAGAUUCGAGCUAAUCGUGCCGGCGAGUCGAGCGUUCAGACGCUGGGGAGGGAGCCCAUGUCGCCUCGGGAGGCUGCUCAGCAUCCCGAGCCUCCACUCGACGUGGAGGAGAAGUUACCGGAAGAGGCUUACGAGCUACUCCGCAGGACCAGUGAUCCAGGCUGCCGACCAGACGCGGACCCUUCCAACGAUGCUGCCAGUGACACGGCCGUCAUAAUGCAGAGGACUGAGUCGCCCGUCGAUGCGUCGAAGGGAAACACAAACGUCGAGUCGCCCAUGGAGCAUGAGCCUAUCGCAUCAGCACAGCCAGGCAACAGGGCGCCAUUGAUCCUUGAGCCGAAACGAGCAGAAGGCCAAAGUAAUAUCAGGUCAAAGGAGAGAUCGGUGCAGUUCCAGGAUGGCGACCGAUUGCGAAUCCCACUCACCGGGACAGGAAGGAGCUUGAGCUCCUCUCUCUUCGCUCGCAAUAGCCCUUCGAGCGAGCCUGGACCUGCGAGCGUGCUACUUGGCGGCCGACUCCGGGGCCACACCUCUUCGGGUGAUGCAGCCCCUGCGCCGCCAGAAGAGGUCCUGUCUCGAGAUCAUACGCCAGACGAGUCCGCACACAAUUCGAUUUCAAAGAGGAGUCCGAGCAGAGAGCUGCAGCAAUACACUGGAGAGGAUGAGGUCGUCACUCGAAAGUCCGUCCUCAAGAAGGACAGAAUGCUUGUAAAGACGGCUUGGUCCCCUUCCGAAGACCUUCCAAAAGACUUCAACGAGCGCGAGCACCGCAAGUACCCUCUUUUCAUGGGGGAUUUUCGAGAGUAUCUCGUUGUCCUCCGCAUGGGCAGACUGGAGUUGUGGGAUGACCCGUCAUUCACCUCUAGACUGCUUGGUCACAACGACCGUCUGACGCUGGAAAUGACGGUGCCACUGCAGAAAGGAAAGACGUUUGCCUCGAUCUAUUCGCCUAUCGAUCGGAUCUUCUGCAUCACGUUUGCAAAGGAUGCCGACCAUCGAGGCCUGCUUGAGCUGCGCAAGUCGGGCACUCACGUGCUCCUCUUCGACGCCAGGAGCCAAUCCAUCGGGUCAGACUGGAUGUGGGAACUGUGGCGGGAAUUGGGUGGAACGAUACCAGAGAGCCUCGACGUGCAUAUCCCCAUCGUCGACAUCCGUGUGCGCAUCCCUAUUCCCGAUGAGAUCCCCACCGGUGAUGAGGGCGAAGCCGACGGUAUACUGGCUUUGCUUCCCAGCAGUGCCAGCCAGCACGGUAUGGAGGGCGAGGGCUACAAGAUGGCCAAUCGACGCAACCUCCUCCAUGUGAUUCGCACGUUGUGUCACCAAAUCCCGCAGUGGGACGAGCUGGCGAAAAAGAUCCGAGACAUGGGCUUGCGCUACGAGCUGGCAUGGCGAAACGAAAUCAGCCUUCACUGGAUCGCUCACGAUCGGACCACGCAGGGUCUAUCGCGGGACUGGGCUGUUCUAUGCGGUGCGAUCAUGCCCGAAUACAACAAGAAACCGUCGGUCCUCGAAUUCCGCGCCGCAGUGCACUACCCGAGCCAGGUGCGCAUGCCCAAGGGCAAGGUGUUGACGGAGCCACCCUCAGUGGAAGGCUUCCUCUGGCGCGUAAAAGCUGUCUCGGGCGCCCUCACGAGGCUCUACGUGACCGUCCAUGACGGUCAUAUCUUCUUCUGCCGACCCACGAGGGCUUUUCCACCGGACAGACACCUAGCUUGUGCGACAGAGGACAGCGCGACUGCAUUGGCCACUGCUGUUCCUGGUCAGAAUCAGGGCAUGGAUCGCAUGGAAGUUGGCAGCAGCACCCAUGGUCAGCACCGCACCUACUUCCACCGGCACCCACAACAGGGACCGCACCGACGGGUGACAGACGUGCUCAUGGGGAGAAAGAAGCGAGUGCUGCGAGAGGAGAGCCUUGCGGCGCUCCGCGAACAGGUCAUGGAGACUGUAGCGGCCGUCGCAUCAACGCAGGAGGAGGUCGAUGCGCAGAUGGAAGCCUAUCGAGCCUUUGAGAAGAGGCGCCAGUUUGAGCAAAUCAACAAUGCCGAUGGCUACGUCGACCUUCGUGACAUUCUUCUCGUCAAAAGCUGUGGGUCUGGACCUACCUACCGGCCCGGUUCGGACGAGUGCGAAGAGGAGCGGGGAACAGCUCCCAGCAGCGGAACCGCGACCCCCUUGGCAAAGCUCUCCGAGAUGGAACGCGCAGACGGAGCGGAGCCAGCCCAGGAGCCCGAGGAUGUAGGAGGCGAAGAAGGACUUGCGGCAGCAAAGGACCGUCUUGCUCUCCGUCGAGAACGGCAAUUUGAGGUGACGAUGGCCAACCACCGCUCGAUUCGAUUUGAGGCAUACUCGCGAUCGGUGGCCCGCGAGUGGCUCGAGCGACUGACGGCCCUGGCUCGUUACUGGAAGCGAAGAGAAAAGACCGAUGCACUGGAGCUGAUGAAUGCGAGCGGCUACGAUCCCACCUUGAUCAGAAAGAGGCUCCAGGAGAGGAGCGAACCCAGGCCCCUAGGAGUAUCGGCCGAUGCGGAGCGCAUCUCCCCAAUGCUAGGGAACAUCUGGAAUUGGUGCACGAUUCAGGGGUGCAGGGGGAUCAUCCGAUCAGGGAGGCUGUUCCACAAGAAGAAGGCCUACCAGCCGUUCCGGUCGCGCUACUACAUCCUCAUUGCGGGUCGCUUGCUCUGCUACAAGCUCAUGACCUCGAAUCGCACAUCGAGGGCCCGUCAAAAUUCUGGUAUCUUUCAUCGGAGGCAGGAAACCGUCGUGCACCUUCGCGACGCCUACGUCUACAGCGGCAAGCUGACCGAAGAGAUGCUGCUCAACGGUCGGUCAGAAGGCGCAGGUGGCUUCGGCGCCUCGUUUGGAGAAGGGUCAGGAGGAGCGGCCAGCGCGACGUCGCGCCACCUGCUGCCGCGAGUGUAUGCCGAUGGCCUAAUGAGCGUCGACGGCGACAUGGAUUGCACUUUUGUCAUCCGUUAUCGUCCCCAAAGGGUCAAUCAGCCCGCUGACCCGCAGGUGGUCGUCAGCACCGGUCUCGACUCCGCAACCCAGGCCGAGGCAUCUACUGUUGCGCCUCCUGUCGAGCGAACCACAGAGGCGGCAAAUCCGUCUGCAUUGCCCACAUUGGGGGACAAAACGCACAUGAAUCUCGUCCUGCGGGCUCGGUCCAAACUCGAGCGGGACCUGUGGGUACACGCCAUCAGUGUCGAGAUUGAGAGGCUGGUCAGGGACGACAGGGAGAGAGAGGACCGUUUGAGAAACGCAGGCAAGACGCCUUACAAGGCGCAUCAACAUUAUCUAUAAUUCAAUACCCCAGUCGAAGUCAUCAUCACCCCCAUCGGUAUCGUCCUCAAGCCAUAUUAUCACAAGAAUCGUCUUCAGACACAGAUAUCAUCUUGAAAGAAUGCAUACAUUACACU